AACAUUUGAUGUGGUUGUUUUCUGAUGUGAAAAUCAAACCUAGAUUUUUUUUCAUCUUCAUUAACCCUCCCAAAUUUACUUCCUAACCCUGAACCCUCAAUUAUCUUGGACAAUAUCUGAGACUUGGAAGGAAUAAGAGGGGUUCUUCUGAUCUUGUAUAAAUGUUGCUUGAAUUCUGCCUUCUCUCACACUGCUGCUUGAGACUUUUACCCCCCUGGUACUGUCAUUCUACAAGUCAGCCCCUGAGCCACAUUCAGGGCCCAUCAGCCUCCCCAGCUGUGAAUAGUCUAUGGUAUUUUUCAAGUUCUGAUGCCCCACAUACUGGGGAACUGGACUUGUGUUCAGGGCUCAUUCACUUUUUCUACAAGCAUUUUGUGAAAUGUUCUUCAGUAUUUUUGAGAAAGUUCCAGUAGGAAUAGGCCUGAUCGUAAUACAAAAAGACAAGCACAUCCUGUGUGGUCCUGCCUUCAAGAGCAUAUCUAAUUUUAUGUUUCUUUCCAAACCUUUUUAAAAUCUACAGGUUUUUCACAGCAGUCAGGAAAUAACUUUUUAAUACCUAGUAAAAAGUUCAGUUUCCCUCCGUAAGACAUUGAUUAAUUUUAUUACAUAUUAGUUUUAAUGUUCUCCAGGGGAAAGCCUAUUUAUGAGUCUCUGGGCCUGCCUUUGCUUACAUUUAAAAGUGUAUUGGUGUUUGACCAGGGACUGAUGGCUAUAUUAUGAGACUAAAUAAGGGUGUUGUUGGAAUUGGGGGGAGGACAUUAUUUCUCAGGAAUUUUAUGCCAAAAUUGAUCUGGCAUGAAAAGUCUUCAUGUCUAAAGCUAUUUUACUUAUAUCUACCUGUGAAAGCCAAGGUGCUGUGUAUGGCUUUCUAAUAAACUCAUCAUUUGUACUAGUGAGAAGAUUGCCAUUGUUUUGUUUUCUUUGUUUGAGAGAGUCUCUAACUAGCCCUGGAGUUCAUUAUGUAGAUCAGACUGGCCUUCAACUUGCAAGCGAUGGACUUGUCUCUGCUUUGAGAUGGACUUGUCUCUGCUUUCCGAGUGCUGGAAUAAAGACCUGGUCCUGUACACGGGAAGGAGCCUGGACACAAGUGACACAACACAUUCUCAAAGGCCCUGCAGGACCACCAUGGCUUAUGAUGACUCCAUGAAGAAAGAAGAUUGCUUUGAUGGUGAUCACAGCUUUGAGGACGUAGGACUUGCAGCUGGCCGAAGCCAACGAGAAAAGAAGCGGUCAUACAAAGACUUCUUAAGGGAAGAGGAAGAAGUUGCUGCGCAGGUCAGAAGUUCUUCCAAGAAGAAGUCAAAGGACAGUGAAUUGUUCUUCUUGGGGACGGACACACACAAGAAGAAAAGAAAGCACUCCCCUGAUGAUUACUACUAUGGAGACAUUUCGUCUUUGGAGUCAUCACAGAAGAAAAAGAAGAAAUCUAGUCCACAGUCAGCCGACACAGCAAUGGACCUAUUGAAAGCUAUCACCUCCCCACUGUCAGCAGGUGCCAAGUCCUCCAAGAAGGCAGGGGAGAAAUCCUCCAGUUCUUCAAGCCAUUCAGAGAGCAGAAAGGAACACCACAAGAAGAAGGGCAACGGAAGCAGUGGAGAGCUCUCCCUAGAGGACAGCAAUGCUCACAAAUCCAAAAAAAUGAAGCCACUCUAUGUGAACACAGAGACACUGACUCUUCGUGAGCCUGAUGGCUUAAAGAUGAAACUUAUUCUGUCACCCAAGGAGAAAGGAAGCAGCUCAGUGGAGGAGGAGGCUUUUCAGUACCCUGCCCAACAGGCUUCUCUGAAAAAGUCCUCCAAGAAAUUAGCUCGGGAUGAGCAAGGUGCUUUACUCCUAGGACACGAACUCCAGAGCCUCCUGAAAACAGCCCGGAAGAAGCACAAGUCGUCCUCAGACUCACAUUCAUCUCCUGGCCCUGAGGGCUGUGGGUCUGAUACCUCCCAGCUUCCAGAAUCCCACAGUACUAACCUUGAAAUCACAGGGCUUGACCCCAUUCUAGUAGAGUCUGAGUCGUCCUCUGGUGGGGAGCUGGAGGCCGGUGAACUGGUGAUAGAUGACUCUUAUAGGGAAAUCAAGAAGAAGAAGAAGUCAAAGAAGAGCAAGAAGAAGAAGGACAAGGACAGACACAAGGAGAAGCGUCACUCUCGAACCAAGAGGACCUCAGGGCUGGCAGCAAACUCUUCCCGAGAGCAUGGCGCUUCUCGGGAGCAUGCAGUGAUACCUGGCCCAGCCUCCAAUAUCCCCACCCUGCCCCUUCCUGCUCUCCACACGGAUGGACAUGGGGAGAAGAAAAAGAAAAGAGAAGAAAAGGACAGAGAGAGAGAAAGGGGAGAAAAGCCGAAAAAAAAGAACAUGUCUGCCUACCAGGUGUUCUGUAAAGAGUAUCGGGUAACCAUUGUGGCUGACCAUCCAGGUAUAGAUUUUGGAGAACUUAGUAAAAAAUUGGCUGAAGUAUGGAAGCAGUUGCCAGAAAAAGACAAACUGAUCUGGAAGCAGAAGGCUCAGUAUCUGCAGCACAAACAGAACAAAGCUGAAGCCACAACUGUGAAAAGAAAAGCCUCCAGUGCAGAAGGUUCGGUCAGAGUCAGAGGUACUUCUUCUGUGGGAAUACUGUCACCCCAAAAGAAGUCCCCACCCACCACAAUGCUUUUGCCAGCCUCACCAGCCAAAGCCCCUGAGACAGAGCCUAUUGAUGUUGCUGCUCAUCUCCAGUUGUUAGGAGAGUCUCUCAGCCUCAUUGGACACCGCCUACAGGAGACAGAGGGCAUGGUAGCAGUGUCUGGCAGCUUGUCAGUGCUCCUGGAUUCCAUUAUCUGUGCUCUUGGCCCUUUGGCAUGCCUGACCACACAACUACCUGAACUGAAUGGUUGUCCCAAACAGGUCCUGUCAAACACGCUAGACAACAUUGCGUACAUCAUGCCUGGACUGUGACCUUCAAGAAAGAAGCCUGGGACAGAAGCCUGUCUACCCCUCGCUAGAGUGUGUGUGUAUAUAUGACUGUUCCAGACCCACCACUGACCUCUGGGUAUAGGUUUUAAAUUUUUAUAUCUAUAUAUACAUAUAUAAUGUACAGUAUAUACAUAGGAUUAUAACUACUUUGCUUUUAAUAAUUUUAUGAAAUGGCAAAGGUGUAGCUAAAAGGAAACUCUGGCAUGAAUGCGGGCUUGGGAUUAUUUUUUUGUGUGAAAAAAUCUGCCUUAAAAAUCAGUGUAAUUUGGGGACUAGGGGCUUAUUCUGGGUGCCAUGUUUAUCUCCAUAUAGAUAGCUAAAAAUGUGAUUUUUCCCCCCCAAGCCUGGUUGUACCUGCAGACCCAUCACUGACCAUUUGCCUUACCUGUCUUACAAUCGGAAAUGUAGUAAAGACUGUGGGAGGAGGCCAGCUGACUACAAUGUUUUCAACCUCGGGGGAGGUGGAGGUAGCUUAGGUGAACUGAGUGGGAGACUCAUUCCAAUUCCUACUAAACACGUUUCCAAUUUUAUUGGUACCUUAGAGUCAUGGGUACCAUCUAUUGCCUCAGUUAUGUGAUUCUUGGCAACAGAGAAACACCUUGUAGAUACCAAAGCUGUGGUGCCGCUUGCAUUAGCUGGCCAAGAAGGCUUGGUCUACAGAAACCAAAGCUGGAAUCUCUCAUUGGCAGUGUUGGUUGGCCCCCAAAUCCUGAGAGAUUCGGCUGCUUAACUGCUAGAUGGUUCUCAGUUCAGCCGUGGUUCCCCUGGUGGGCAGACUGCUCUGCCUUCCACACAGGUGGACCAUAACGAUGUGCUCCGUUCCUAGUAGGCUUAUCUGUCUGUGUGUAUACAUUUUAAUUAUGUGUAUUUAAUGCUUUAGAAUUUCUUAGAUUUUAAUUUAUCCUGUAAAUUCCUGUAUAUAUAAUUUAAUAACAAGCCUCCACCAGCAUUAGCAUGUGGAGCAUACAGAUCUGUCAUUUCUUCAUGUCUGUCUAAAAGCUCCAAGUCAUCCAUAUGUUAAGGUGUUGUGACUCAGAAAGGAGCUUCAUGGCCCUCAAUAAUGUUACAAAAGUGAAAUACAAAGGAAUGUCACCAUUCCCAACUGCCCUUGUUCCCAAAGAACCAGACCCCAUUAGAGAGAAGAUAGUUGAGCACUCCAGGGUUGUUUGGAAACUUGGUGUGAGAUUCCCUUCCCUGCCAAAACCAAGCUGAGGUAACCAUGCUUUCUUCCUCUGGCAUAGAUGGAACAGGGCAGCAUCACAGCAAACCUUUGGGGACCAUGUAGCCCGCUGGCAUCCUAUUUAAUUCCUUCCCGUAGUCUCACUGUGUUGUUACGGCUGAGCUUCUCACGGGUGUUCUGGUAGUGAGAUCCCUUUCUCAGCUCAGAGCAGUUCUGAGAUUUAAUCUGGGAAAUGGAGAAAGAAACAGGAAUAUGUGGGAACUGAAAUCAAGAAGAGCAGAAAUUUAAAUUUGAGCUAACAUGUCAGAACCUCAUUUGAACCUGUGGAAGUUUCCUGUGAGAAACAAGGUAUCAGGGAGAGACCUGGAAGACAUGUGUAAUACAGGAAGCAGCCAGUCCUCCGUUGACAUUGCUACAGACAGUAGUGAACUCCUGGUGAGAACCGGCUUUUUCGUGUUUGUUUUCCUUUGAAGCCUAGCCCUGUUGUAUUUGUAUUAAAGAUUUGUACACAUUUGUAUAAUAAUCUGUACCUUGUGGUAUUUGGUACUAUUAGAGGAAAAACUUUGGAUUCAGGCCUUCUUGCUGUUUUUAUAUCAUUGUUUUAUUUUGUUUUUUAAAUAAAUCCUAGUGGUUUGAUUCAAAGCUAUUACAGUUGUAUAAAGAAACAGAAUUUUGUACUUAUUAAAGAUCUCUCAUUUUUAA